AGCGAGUGCGUGAGCGGUGUGCGCAGCAAGAACUGGCAAACAACGAAAGAAACCAAGCAAGCAAACCACACACCCACACAACGAAGAUGAGUGGCGGUGGGGAGCAGAAGGCGGAGAUGCAAGGGGAGUUUGGGUGGCAGCGGCACGCCACCUCGUUCCUCAUGUUCUUCAAGGCCCUGCCUUCCGCGUUUCUUCACUUGGACACGCAGCGGUUGAUGUUGACCCACUUUGCAGUCUCUGGGCUUGACAUCCUCGACCGUCUUGGCGACAUUGAGGCGAAGAAGCAAGGCAUCAUUGAUUGGAUCUACUCGCUGCAGGUGUUGCCGAGUGAUGAGUACUCGCGUGGGUACUGUGGGUUCCGCGGGUCCCCUUCAAACGGGCGCGUGCUUGGGCCCAACGGGGCGCCGCCCGCCAACGAUGAGGACUGCGCACACCUGACCAUGACCUUCUGCGCGCUGUGCAGCCUCAGCAUCCUGGGGGACUCGCUUGAUCGCGUGGAGCGGGCAGCAAUUGUGUCGUCGCUCAAGCACUAUCAGAAGGAGGACGGCAGCUUUACGGCGCUGCACACGGGUGGCGAAAACGACAUGCGCUUCGUCUACUGCGCGUGCGCCAUCUGCACACUGCUUGACGACUGGUCCGGGGUCAACACCGCCGCCAUCAAGCAGUACAUCUUCAACAGCCAGACGUAUGAGGGCGGGUUUGCGCAAGGGCCAGGGCUUGAGGCACACGGUGGCUCCACAUACUGCGCCGUCGCUUCCCUCUCCAUGCUGCAGUAG